CGGCCGUGGGCACCGCGGUUGCGGAAAACGAGCAUGUGCAGGAGGAGAUGGAGGACCUCGGCCUCACGGACCACGAUCAGGAGCUGGAGGACCUGAAGGAAGUUGCCAAUGGCUUCAGCAGUUGGGACAGCACGAAGGAGAUGCUGGGGGACCCAAACUCGAAAAACGCGCAGCUGGCCAUGGGCCUGGCCGCCGGCGGGCCGGCGCUGUCGAGUUCGAUGGUGAACGGCGCGCAGGACAAGUACGGAAAAUUUUUUGCGCAGUUCGAGGACGCGGUGCCGACGGAGGUGGAGGAUCUGAAGCCGCCGAUGCUGCGGUCGAAUCCGUUGGAGCAGUUCCACGAGCUCAAGCAGGUGGGCGGCGACUUGAUUGUCGGGCCGGCACUGAAAUUACAGAAGAUGGUCACGGAGUGGAACCGGAAUUUUGAAAAAUUCCAAAGAAACCCGACCAGGGAGAUGGUAGGCUGGAGAACUUGUUGGUGGAGUUUGGUGGAGCACAGACUUCUUCUCGCGGGCUGUGGCUUGAUUUGCAUAGUUGUACAUAAUUCGGUUUUCGUUUUCAUCAUUUCUUUGCAGACGUACAGGUAGUUCUAGUUGCUACGCGAAUGCAUAGGCUUACGCAACGGCAACAAUGCAUAGGCUUGUUAGGCCUGCGCCAAUUCUUCUGUGCGACAUGCUUGGCGCACGGUUCUUGAUAUGUGUCACGCACAACCGAGCAGUCGCUGUGCCCUUUCUCGAACUCCUCCAUUUCGCCAGCAUACCUCGGCCUCGCCCUGUACCGAAUGAAGAAGAAGCUCGACCAUGUCGGCGGCGAGUUGCUGGACACCGGAAAAACCGCGGCCAAACUUUUCAAGCAGACCGCGAAGGAGGGGACGCGGGCCCUGGUGCGCAACGCCAAGGGGCUCCUGCAGAACGAGCCGCCGGUCGAACCGGGCAACUUGAUUCCGAAGGAAGUGACGGAAAACGCGUUAGGUGCCUACAACGCGGCCGCUGCGGCGUUGAAGGUGGAGAGUCUGCCGACGCUGUUCAAAAUGUACAGUGCGGGGGACCUGAUGGCGGGGAACAUUUACCUCUCCAUGAUGGCGACGAAAACGCGACAGCUGCGGCGGGAGGUGGCUGACUGGGCUCGGGAAAACGCGGACCGCACCGAGAUGGAGGAUGCGAUCCUGCACAAGCGCCGACCGCUGUACGACCCGAACUCGAAGACGGAACGGAAGUGGCGCAAGUUGUACGGGAACAACGCAAACAAGUUGUUCAGCAAGGACUUACACUCCGACUUCGACACCCGCGACGGCCAAAAGUACUUCCAGUACCGGGGCCGCGGCACCACGCCGCUGUAUUUGGAGCAGAAUCUCGUCGAGUACACGAACGUGACGGACCCCAAGUUCCAGGCCAAAGCGUUCACGGACUGCGGCAAGACAUUAAAGAGCGGUGUUUUUUCCACCACGUACCUGCACCCGUUCCUCGUAUUCAAAAGGCCCGUACAACAGGUGCACGUCCGGCUGCGGAACCACUACCACCCGGAGCAGAUCCUGUACGACGCGGAUUUUCAGCUGAAGGAACCCUCGAAAUACCUGUCCGAAACCAUGCCGCCCAUCCGCGGGUGGUUUCACCCGCAUCUGAACCUCUUUCGCUCCGAGGACAACCCGCCCUACACGGGCCACAGCGCGCUCCCGGGCGUGGUGAAAAAUCGGGUCACGGGGGCGACGGACCGCGAGAAGUAUGGCCUCCUGCGGUGGCCGAAGCUCUGCGGCUACAGCAGCGAGGAGGAGUACAAGCAAUUGCUGA